GGUAAAUGCAGUACAUGAGGUUGUUUUAGUGACCUGAGAGCCACUGAUUCCUUCCAGAGCAGCUAAAGUCCAGUUUGCUCUUUUGCAGAUGUUCCUGCUGUGCUCUGCAGGGCACACAGAGGCCAUCUGAGCCUGAGCUCGUGUGGAGCGUCAGACAUGAACAACGCCCUAAACUUCUGCAUUAGCCACAGACGGGAAGUCUGCUUAUCAGCUGCUAACCGCUCGGGAAGAUGGAGAUAGUUUCUCACUAGUUAGUUUCUGAGGACUGAAGCAGAGCUGCACGUCUGAGUGUGACGUCAGUGUGAGGCCAGGUGAGAGCAGUGCAGUAAAAGUGGAAAAUGCUUCAGAGUAGAAACGCAGCUUGCCCCACUGAGCUCUGAUUGGGUGUGGGUUGUGGAGAGGAUGGCGGGGAGAUAGUAGGAAGCAGGUACGUCAGGACUUCUAUACUUCUGAGGACAUAACAGUUUUUAAAAGUCUACAAACAAAACCAGCUAGCCUGAAGUGAGAAGAGGAAGACACGCACGGGUCCUCAAAGAGGCACACAUACCAGACACAGACACACACUUGGAUUGCAUCACCAGGGGAGGGGACAGCACAGCAGCUCUGAGAUCAGACAGAACGCCUCAGACCACAGACGGGACUACUACUGACAGCAUUACUACCAAUACUACCAGUACCGCUGAUACUGGGAGAGAGUACUGUCAGUACUAGUCUGAGGUGAACUGAAAAACAUCUGCUGCAGCUGUGACUCAGUGAAGAAGAAGAAGAAAUACAAUGAGGGGGCUCACUGGGACUCUCCUGCUCUUUGUCUGCCUGCUGGCGUUCGUCUGUAGCGUCUCUCCUCCUCUUCCUCACCCCACAGAUGAAUGUCCUUUUAUGGCCAUCCGUCUGCGGACCUUCCGGCUCAGGCCUGCCUGUAAUGGGACAACUCUGAAGGAAAAGCAGCUGAAGGAGAUCCAGGCUCCAGCCACCAACCUGUACCUGCCCAUCCUCUACCUGCUCGCCUUUGUGGUCGGUCUGCCCUCCAACUUGCUGGCUCUCUGGGUUCUGGUGUUCCGGACCAAACAGCUGCCGUCCACCACGCUGCUCCGACUGCCUGCUACUCAUGGCGUUGCCAUUUCGGAUCGUCUACCACUUCCGGGGGAACAACUGGGAGCUCGGCGAGCCCUUCUGCCGCUUUGUCAUGGCGAUCUUUUACGGCAACAUGUACGGCUCCAUGUGGUGUCUGGCCUUGGUGUCCCUGGACCGAUACAUCGCUUUGGUCCACCCAUUUCGCGCCAGGACUCUGCGCAGCCAGCAGGUGUCUCUGUGUAUGUCAGUGGUGGUGUGGUGGUUCUGGUUGCCAUGCUGCCACUGCUGCUGUCACGGCAGACCUACGAAGUCAGCACGCUGCAGAUCACCACUUGCCACGAUGCGCUUCCAGAGGAUGAGCAUGAAAACUACUUCUUGCCGUAUUUCGCCACCCUGUUCGCCACCUGCUUCCUGCUACCCUUAGCCAUUGUCCUGUACUGCCACAGCACUGUGUUGCGCACCUUGCUGGCCGGGGGAAAAUUCUACGGUCACGCCAUCCGGGUGACGGUACUGGUGCUGCUGGUCUUCAUCGUGUUUCUGCUGCCGAGCAACAUCCUCCUCCUCCUCACCUAUGCUGACAGCUCACUGGAUGGAGAUGGAGAGGACCUCUACAUGCCCUACAUGGUGAGCUUGGCGGUGAGCACCUUCAACAGCUGCAUCGUCCCGUUCAUUAUCUACUACGUGUCCACAGAGUUCCGGCAAAAGGCCAAGAGCACUUUGUGCUGCCACUGCGAUUCUGAGGAUAAAACAUACUCUCUGGUCAAGAAUAUGUCAUCUUUAUCAUCAGGCCCAAGGUCAAAGGUCACCCUGCUGUCCAUGUCCAGUCGACAGAGGCCACCUGAGAUGCCAUGCAGCUCCCAGGAGAACAGAGUAACGGACACCUGACUGCAGGCUGUCACGCAAAUGUCUUCAAAUUGUUGAACUGCUCAUUUAAAUGAGGAACUACGGUAUAUUGAUCUCUUAUUGGCUCUGAUCACGUCAGAUGAUGUCACAUGUUUAAUGAUUUUUU